CGUUUUCGUCACUCAAUACACUAUUCCAAACAGCUGUUGUAAAUAGACGAAUGACAUACUGCUAGCUAGUCUUUGAUACCGGCAACAAGCAUAUAUUUUUUCAAGAUUUUACUACUUUCGUUAUCCAUUACAGGUGUUUGCCUCCUAGCAAUUGACUAAACGAAAGUUACCGGCAGGCAGACCUGAAUUUAAACGGCCACCGCCUCAGCGCUCCUUGGAACAUCAAAACGUGAUGCAUUUAACGUUAGCUAGCUAACGUAACAAAUUGGUACUAACGAGUUAACGUUAGCAGGCUACUAGUAGCAAGGUAACGUUACGACUUGGACCGAGGGGAAUUGAGCAGUUAGCUAACAGUCUAGCUCCCUAACUUAUUGUUAUCAAUCUGGACAGCUGACCAGACCGCUAACUAGUUUACACCCGCUGCUUUGCUGGAGAAGUCGGCCCACGCAAAGAUAGUUGGGCAGUCGCGUCCACUUAACAUUAGCUAGGUAGCUAACUAACGUUGAUGCGCCUAUCUCCCGCCUGCCCGCUGGUCAGACCGGGGAGAUUGCCUUGUCACGGAGUUUCGUUGUGGCCGAUGCCACCGGCCCGGUUUGCCGAGGGAAGAAAAGCACCAGUUCCUGGAAAGUCGAAGGGUAAACCACAACGCUAGCUAAGGUUAGCUAUCCUACUCCAACCCGAACGGGACCGUGGCUGUGUAUGUAGUGACAGCUCUGUAUAUGAUUGUAGUUAGCUAGCCAGCUAACCCUUUGCCAGGGCUGUUGGAGGAGCGAUGGGGGAGUUAAAUAAAGAAGUUGUGGAUCUAGUUUGGAAAAGACCAGGCAGCAACGGGGUGUCUGCUUCACUCUUCCGGAGAUGGACCCAAGGGUUGGUCUUCAGUGAGACAGAACACACAGCACUGGAGCAGUUUGAAGGAGGACCCUGCGCUGUCAUUGCUCCUAUACAGGCCUUCCUUCUGAAGAACAUCUUGUUUAACAGAGAGAGUUCUAACUGGAGACAUAUCACAGAGGAGGAGCAGAAAGCUGCCCUGUGUUCUACUCUGGCUGAGAUCCUGGAACAGGCCUGCUCUACUUCCUCCACUACCUCCUUCUGCCUGGUGACCUGGGCCAAAGGACAGUGCCCCCACACUACCACUCAUACACCCCUCACAGGGGGUCCAGAGACCAGCCAGACCCCGCAAGACCAGCAACCCACUGCUUUGGCUGAUGAGGAUCUUGGCUUUGAGCGGUUUCACAGCAUCCUCCAGAAGCGUAUUGUGAAGUCAUUAUCAGAGCUUAGAGAGGAGGUGGUGUCUCUCUACGAAACCUGGAAAGGGCGCUGUGGAGUCCUGUUCUUCCUCUACUCUGUCAUCCUCACCAAGGGGAUAGUUAACAUCAGGAAUGAGAUUGAAGAUACUACAGAGCCUCUCGUAGAUCCAGUCUAUGGCCACGGCAGUCAGAGUCUGGUUAACCUGUUAGUGGCGGGCCAUGCUGUCUCUAAUGUGUGGGAUGGAGACAGGGAGUGCUCUGGCAUGAAGCUCCAUGGUAUCCACAACCAGACAUCCGUGGGCUUCCUCACUCUCAUGGAGUCACUACGCUACUGCAAGGUGGGUGCGUUCCUGAAGUCUCCUAAGUUCCCUAUAUGGAUCCUUGGCAGUGAGACUCAUCUCUCAGUGUUCUUCGCCAAGGAGAUGUGUCUGGUGGCUCCUGAGUCUCCAUCUGAACAGGCCAGGAGAGUCUUCCAAACCUUCGACCCAGAAGAUAACGGCUUUAUUCCAGACUCUCUGUUGGAGGAGGUGAUGAAGGCACUAGACCUCGUCUCAGAACCUGAAUACUAUGUGAGUCUGAUGAAGAGUAAGUUGGAUCCAGAGGGCUUGGGGAUUGUGCUGCUGGCUCCGUUCCUCCUGGAGUUCUUCCCUGAUCAGGAUACUGGAAUCCCAGACUCCUUCCCUGUCUACCACUACAAUGGCCUGAAACAGUCCAACCACAACGAGAGGGUGGAGUAUGUUCAGGGUUCAGCCCUGGUCCUGGGCUUGGAGGACCCCAUGGUGAGGACAGAUGACACUCCAGUGAAGCGCUGCCUCCAGACCAAGUGGCCCUACAUAGAACUGCUGUGGAAUACUGACCGCUCCCCUUCACUUAACUAACUCGCUGCUAGGGUGGUAGAGGACUGACUGAUCUCUACAGGAACGAAGACCACAAAGACUGAGACACACAGUACAUGUACACUGCUGCACAAACACACAGCAAUUUGCUCACUGUCCUGGGCAGGACAAAAACAGAACAUAUGCCAUUACACACACCCUUGACAUACAGACACACUUGUUUACUGUUAAUGCUGUUGUGUUUUACAUGACUGUAAAUUAAGUCACAGGAUGUUUUUGGUUUGCUGUAAAAAUCUGAAUGAAUUAUUAUUGUCACCCUGUAGAUGACUGUUUUAUACUCUGGGAUAUAUGCACCUAAUAAGAACUACAUGUAAAGGAAACAGCUGACCACGUUGGAUGUAAACCUGUAACUGACUGACUGGAGCUAUGCUUCUGUAACACCCAGCUUUCUGACUGUUAAAGAGAUAAACAACCAAAGCUUUCCGCAAGACAAAUAUACAGUGGGGCAAAAACGUAUUUAGUCAGCCACCAAUUGUGCAAGUUCUCCAACUUAAAAAGAUGAGAGAGGCCUGUAAUUUUCAUCAUAGGUACACUUCAACUAUGACAGACAAAAUU